AUGGAAUCAGAAGACACUGGCCAAGAUAACCUUAGUAGGAUGCCAGUAGCUACAUCAUGUAUACCUUCAGGAUUUAUUACUUCAUCAUCCAGGUGGACUUCAAAUAGCCGAGCUGGUGUAGUAUUGGAUUUUAACCCCCCUACUUUAUCUACAAUGCCAACGAAAGAUUUGUCACAUGUGCAUACAAACUCAGGACAAGAAGUAAACUUGUUGCCAAAACAAGUGGACAUUAACUCAAAACACGAACCUCUCAGCAUGGAUGUGAAUAUCGAAACUCAUACGGACUAUGACGCGAGUGAUAAUUUUCAAGGAGCUUUACCGCAGUUCUUUAAUAAAGAAUUUCAAGAAAAGAUAGCAUCUCCCAAAUUAGAUACAAGUAUAGAUGUUCUAGAACACCAGGCUUCCAAAGAGCAAGCUAAAUUAUUACAGAGAUUUAAGCAGCUGAAACAGUGGCAACAAGAACAACAGGACAAAUUACUACGGCAACAAAAAGAUCAGCUAGAGCAAUUUAAAAAUGAACAAGAGAGAGUAAAAAGUAUGAUAGCAUUACAACGACAGAUACAAUGGGGAGGUUCUUCUAGUUCUCAAUCAUCUCAUAAACCAACACAGUUAUCAUCACAGAACCCUAGUACAAUACCUCAUAUUCUUGCCAAUGCUGCUUCUGGUGGUGCUAAAGGUUUAUUUCCUCCAGUGCAAGAUGAUGUCUUACAUCAGUACCCAGCACAGCCAACCUUCCCCUCAUCAUCACUGCCUGUUGAGGAUGACCAAGAAGAGUCUGAAUUUGAUUCAGCCAGUGAUAUACAGAGUAGCACUGUAAUGGAGGGGGUAGAACCACUCCCUGACACAGCUUCUGAAUUCAGUGACAUGCCUUCAGAGGACAAGCAUACCAAAGAACAGACACAGGUAACCAUGGCAAUCAGCUCUGAUAGUGAAAGGAAUUUGAAUAAGUAUUCCUCAUGGUUAGAACCUCAAACAUUGGACAAUAAUUUAGAACUUGAUAAAGGUCCAGAUUUCUGGGUGGAUAAAGGUCCAGAUUUCUGGGUAGAUGAAGGUUCAGAUUUCUGGGUAGAUGAAGGUCCAGAUUUCUGGGUAGAUAAACGUCCAGAUUUCUGGGGAGAUAAAGGUCCAGAUUUCUGGGUAGAUAAAGGUCCAGAUUUCUGGGUAGAUAAAGGUCCAGAUUUCUGGGUAGGUAAAGGUCCAGAUUUCUGGGUAGAUAAAGGUUCAGAUUUCUGGGUAGAUAAAGGCCCAGAUUUCUGGGUAGAUAAAGAUGCAGAUUUCUGGGGAGAUAAUGGUUCAGAUUUCUGGGUAGAUAAAGGCCCAGAUUUCUGGAAGUUAGAAGUCAAUAAGGAAGCCAAGGAUCAGAUUGAGUUUGAUGAACUUCCUGUCAGUGCAGUGUCUGCUGGGGGCAGAAUAAAAACAUUUGAAGAACUCCUGGAGGAACAACUACAGUUAGAAUCACAGAGUAAAGACAUCAAAUCUGUAGACACUCAAUCAAAAAAACCAUUUCUUAGAAAAGGACAAGGUAUAGGUCGAUUCGGCCUUGCAGGAAAGAAAUCCAAAAUAUCUUCACAAAAUUUAUCAACUGCCAAAGUUCAAGACGCUGUUGUCAAACAAGAUACUGCUGAAAAGAAAUCAACUGCCAAGUUUGAUCAUGAUCUGCAUAAAAAGGGAAAUGGAUCCACUGAUCAACCAACAUCACUGCCAAAAAAGAUGAAAGAUUCACAGAGUACAUCACCAAAGGUAGAACAAGAGGAACUGAAGGAGUUUGAGUUAUUAGAACAAGCAGCUGAUGAUACAUCAUUUACCAGUAACUCUUCUAUGGUGGCGAGAAUGCUCAAUAAACAGAAAAAAUGGACACCUCCAACCAUACAUGAACGAGAUGACAGAGAGGAUCUUAGGAAAACAGGUAACGAUGACAGAGGAUCAUCAACAGAGGAAGAAAAUGAUUAUGAUGAAAAUGAUAGAACAUUAGAGCCAGAAAAUUCUCCCUCGGCCAAACAAUCAUCAUCGCAUGAAUUAAGUGUAGACUUUAAUGAUGAUGAAAGUUGGGGAGAUUUUAGUCAUGAUCUUAAAGACAGUGAGGAAGAGGAUGAAGAGGAGGAGGAUAGUUACCAUGACAAUGGGAAGCAAGAAGAGAGCAUUAUAGCUGGAUCUGAGAACUUGGUGACGUCUACUCCUCCACUUCGAAAGCUUGCAUCAAGUGCAUUCACCAAAGAAACACUUAAAGACUCUGGUUCCACUCCGCCGACAUCUGGGCUCAUGACGAAAUUAUUCCCGCAACUGAAACCUGUGGAAUCAAAGGAGAGUCAGCAUAUUCAUCAACAGACACAAAAGUUGCAGCAUGUAAAUGAGAGGGUGUACAACGAUGGUAUACAGUCUAAAGUAUUGAAAGAAAAAUUAGCUGAACUUGAAACAGAAAUUGAACGAUUUCGAAGAGAAAAUGCAAAUUUAUUGAAACUCAGGGAUGAGAGAGACAAGGCGAUGAAGCAGCUACAGAAAGAGAUGCGAGAUUUUGAUAAAUUGAAAACUGAAGAGUUGCAACAGUUGGAAGAGUUUAAAGAUGAAGAGAUGAAGAAACUAAGAAGAGAGAAGAAAACUUUUGAAAAAUAUCAGAAAGCAGCAAGAGCUGUACCUGAUAAAAAAGAACGUGAAGAGAUAGAGACUUUAAAAAAACAGCUAUUAGAAGUUCAGGAUGAGAUGAGGCGGAAAGAAACACGAUGGAAUUCAAGCAGUGUACGUUUGCAUACACGGAUAGAAAAUCUUGAAAAAGACAACCAUGAAUUGCGAGAUGAGUUACAGAUAUUAGAAAGGAGGAGGUUGGAUUCCUGGAAACGAGAUGAGGAAGCAAAGUCAAAAGAGAAAAAAUUACACAAGCGGUCUCGCAGCCGUGAGAAAGCGCCCUCACAGGACCAAACUAAGAAUCAGGAAACCCCUAACCAUGACAGGCUGCAUGAGCACAUUGAUGAACCUACCUCACCCCUACGUCACAAAAUGAAAUCACCCAUACGACAGAAAAUGGGUGACAAACCCAACAAGAACACAACAAAACAGAAUGAAAGGGAAUAUGAAGUAGAUGACUUAUUACCAGAAGACACACCACGAAAACAGUUAUUGAUAAAUAGUCUCACAAAACAAAGCUCUGAAGUUGAUGGAUUUCAAGGUUAUACCUCUGAAAGUAACCCACCACGGAGGCCGGUACACAGAAAGCGAGCCAUCAAGUUUGAUAGCAAUGAUAGUAAUUAUGAAUUAAAAGUAUCGACACAAACUAUUGAUAAUGACAGUGAUAUGGAGGAGAUUUCACAUCCUGAUGGAAAGGUUGAGUGUAGAUACCCGAAUGGAAGAAGAGUAAUAACGUUCACGAAUGGAACACGCAAAGAGAUUAGUCCCGAUGGUCUGACUAUUAUUGUGUCUUUCUUCAAUGGUGAUAUCAAGCAGAUUAUGCCAGACCAGAGAGUUAUCUAUUAUUAUUCAGAAGCUAAGACAACACAUACGACAUACUGUGAUGGACUAGAAGUGUUGCAGUUCCCAAAUAACCAGAUUGAGAAGCAUUAUCCGGAUGGCACUAAAGAGAUCACAUUCCCUGAUCAUACUAUUAAAUAUCUCUUUCCAAAUGGCUGUGAGGAAAGUAUAUUUCCAGAUGGCACAGUCUUGAGGGUUGAUAAAAACAGUGAGAAGACGAUGGAAUUCCCUAACGGUCAGAGAGAAAUCCAUACUGCACAAUACAAGAAACGAGAAUAUCCUGAUGGAACAGUGAAAACUGUCUACCCUGAUGGCCGUCAAGAAACUCGUUACUCAAAUGGUAGAAUUCGUGUAAAGGACAAAGAUGGACGUAUUAUCGUAGAUAGAUUGUGUUAAAACUUUCGUAUUUUUUUUAAAGAGAUACUUGUACUUGUGUAUUCAUGGUAAUAAAAAGACCAGGCCGUCAUACUAUCAUGUGAAUAUAUUUGUUAAAUACAUGAUAUGACAGCAUUUUAAAAACUGGGGAUUCCAAAUAGCCUUGCCCCUACCUUAUAUUGUAUAUCAGACCAGUGUAUAAAGUCUGUAUCUGGAAUUCUUUAUAGAAAUGAGAAAAAUGUUUUUUAUUAAAAAGAUCUUCGAAGGUACUAAUUGGUAAUGUAGAUUGGGUAAGGUUAAUGUAGUAAUUUAUAAAUAUUAUUGAAUACCAUAAUAAUCUUUUUGUACCAAAGAAGUGGUCCCAGUCUUUUUUCUAAAGUUUUUAACAAUUAAAUUAAAGAGUUUAGUAUAAAAGGAUUAUUUUACGGUUAUGCCUAUGGUAUCAGACAAUGUAACAUUAUGUUAUGCGAGCAUGUCUAUCCUUAUUUGAGCUAUAUCGUUGUAGAUGUACAAUUAUUCUGUCCUUCUGAUCUUGAAUAAAAGAAAAUGCAGGGUUCUUUUUUUUUCAAGUUUAAUUCCUUUUUCAUUACAGUUUCUUUGUGCUUUGAUUAAGCACAUGUGCUUAUAUAUAUAUCUCCCAUUCAGCUGAAUAUUAAGGCCAUG